AUGGCCAAGCAAGAGCGCCUCAAGGUUCUCAUCGAUGCUAUGCGGACAUACCGAACAUUCUACGAUGGUAUCGACUGGAUUAGUGGUGCAGUUCGCCAAGCUGCCAACCUUGCACGGCCCGAUGAUGCCUCAAAAGAGGGCUCCAGCGCAACGAGUUGGAUCGACAUCUGUUUUCACCACCCGUCCCUCUACAUGCGGCUGGCCCUUACCCUCGAUAUGGCCGUCAGCGAAGCCAGGGUUCCCCAAAAGUCCGAGAUUGUUGCUUUGCUGCAAAUACACUGGACCUCGAGCAAGAGGAUAUCGAACGGCCCCAGCCUCAAGGUUCCCCAACUUAUGCCAGCGACGCCCACUACCUCCAUCUCGGUCACGGCGAACGCUUUACCAUGGGAUGAGCUUCCUGAUAUGCUCGGGUGCCAGCGUGAGGAAGAGAAUGGCGGCGAACCGUCUCGACCAGAUGACCAGGCGGCCAGUAGCACAGAUGACUUGAGCAGCCCGGACAGCGUGAUGGAAGGAUUGACGGUGAUGGAAUUUGAUGAUGCGUUCUUCGGCAUCACGUUGCAGGAAUGGGACCUUGAGGCGAACUGGCCUAUGCCUCCGGCAUUGGAACCUGGCGAACACGGGCGAGAGGCGCAGUUCCAAGAUUGA